AGGUCGGUUUCUGUCUACUUUCAGUUUCACACAUAGGAAAAGAAUGAGGACUUCGCUGCGCCAGGCCAACGUGGGGCAUGGUUGUUCAUCUUCAGCAAGUGUAUAUUACACAACGACCGCUGGACAACGACAUGGAACACGCUCAAGUGGGCUGAGCGCUCCUGCUGCACCGAAAUUGCGCCACCUUCCAGCAUCCUGCGCGAAUAUGCAGUUCAUCGAGGGUAUUGGUUACGAAGCACCAAGACAGCGAUCUUCAACAAGCGGCCAGCAGAUUGAUGUUCGUGGGACGUCGGCACAUCUUCGUUGCACAAGUCGAAGGCAGUUGUCUACCAUGUCUGGCGCGGCAAGAUGUAGCCCCACCGAAACGUCCUCCCCCACGAAACAGGCCGGAUCGUGUUCCGCCGCCGACGGGCUGAUACUCGGUCUAUCCGUCGGGUUUCGCUCCACCGGCUUUGCGAUAGUCCGCUACGAGACCGGUGCGCCGCAGCGAUUCGCCCUGAUUCGACACGGUGCGGCGGGGACAGGAGCACCAGGAGCAGCGUCAUCCUCGGCGUCUUCAGGGACAACUACUACGGCGGCGGAAAAUAUAACUACAGGAACGUGGUCGCAGACUGCGAAAGAAAAAUUCGUUUCAUCAUCCUCCACUGCCUCGUCCGCGUAUGACAGUGUGUCCGGCAGCGUGUGCGUUGCCCUGGAGCGCCUGAAGCAAGCGAACUACCCGUUUACGGGGCUGGCCCUAGAGGACACGCUGAAGGACCGGAGCCUGGCCGCGGCGAAGCACGACCUGGGGCGGCAAAUCGAAACGGGGAAAAUGCAGGGCGUCGUGCUGACCGAGCUGAAGCGGUUGUGGCCCGGACUACCGCUGCUGCAGGUGCACCCACAGCGCGCGCGCGAGCAGGUCCUGUUCCGCAGUUGUUCUAGUGGUGGUAGGAACAAGAUGAAUUCUUCUAGCGAUUGUUCCUCGACAUCAACUUCAUCCUCGCCCUCUCCUCCCUCAAGUAGAACCUCGCUCGCACGCGACGUCGCGCGGGAGCAGCUGUUCGCUUUCGCGCGAAAGACGAUCAGCAACUUUCCUUCAGUAAAAACCCCGGGGGGUAAAACGUGCGACACCAGCUUUUUCCUGUCCGACGCCUGGGCCGUGGCGCUCUACGCGCGGCUGGAACUCCUGGUCGAGGCGAAGCAGCGGGACCCCCGGCUUAUGAAAGCCUCAGUUUCGAAAAUUUCAAAGUGAAAAUAAUUACGUUUGUAUGUAAUGCAAAAAACCACUCCAGUUGAAGCGCCACUUCUAGGCGGCGCAUGACAAGUUUCCCGUGCACUCAAAGCAUUUCUGUCAUGCAGGUUAAGGCAAAGGGGUGCCCUUCUCUCAUGCUAAUCAGCACUCCAAUUCUCAACCCGUAGAAGGACAAUAAUCGGCCUCCAUGGCGUCUUCUGCAGCACAGUCUUUUUUGCGUCGCAUUUCAUGCAUCACAAAUUAUUUCCACGUUGAGGAUUUCCAUUCUGAGGCUUUCAUACGGCUCGUCCUCAAGUUGCGCAAGCAGAUCCUGGAGCUCCGCCGCAUGAAAACGCUCGAGGAACAGAUCCGCCAGCUGCACCCGCGCAAGGCGGCCAGUGAUCUCGAGGAGGUGCUGGAGUCGCAGGUCCAGUACCUGCUGCGCACCAAAUUGUACCAAAUGUGUGCGUAUGAUGCAGCGCAGAAGUAAAAUGAAGAUGAGCACAUCUCUAUCUGUCGGAGUGGGAGAACGCGCUGGUCGUUCUUCUUCUUGUGUAUUUCACGAAAAGCAUGAGAACAGAAGCAGAACCCUCGCUGUUGCCGUGCACGUCGCUAGGUUCGGGACAAGCGAUAUUUUCUCGCUCGCCACAGUUGCUGUGAUGUGUAACCACGUCUCCCAGCUAGCGCUGUGCGAUAUACGAUGUAAGAGAUGAUGAAGAUAAGAACUCACGACCUUGUCGGACCUUCCCUUUCAAAGCAUACGCAAGUGACGUAAUUGAAAUUGUUAAGUUAGUGCGCGGAAAUGG